AAGCUGCAGUAACAUGCAAGUGAAUAUAUAUGGCUUUAAAAAAUUAAGAGAAUAACAAAAUUUAGAGCUGGGGAUACCCUGCUUUCCUUGUUCCUCAUGAAAGGAAUCCAAAUCUAAAGAGAGAAAAAAAGAAAGUAAAGUAGAAUAAAGAGGUCUUUCAAGACAAAGGAACACUUUUUCUCCAUAAGCUCCAGCUAAUCUUACUCAUAUAUCAUAUACAACAUUUAGGUUUCUUGCAUCCAUAUCCUUUAUUCAGAUUCUCACGUUGAACUCCAUUUUUUUUUUGCUCUUUUCAUGCAUUCUUCAUGUUUGUAUAAAAGGGUGUCCCCUGUUUUUUCCAUGAAUAUUAUCAGCUGUCUCUAAUCUCAAAGUAGUAAAUUAACUAAAUUGUCGAAGAUGGCUAAAAACAUUGGCAUUCUUGUUUGUCUUCUUCUUGUGAUUUUGGAUGUUGCAGCUGGUAUACUAGGAAUUCAAGCUGAGGUAGAACAAAAUAAGGUUCAAGACUUGAAGGUGUGGAUCUUUGAAUGUAGAGAUCCAAGCUAUGAAGCUUUUAAGCUAGGAUUGGCUGCAACAGUACUUUUGGUUCUGGCACAAGUUAUUUCUAAUCUGCUUGCUGGUUGUAUUUGCAUCCAGUCUAAGGAAGAGCUGGAUAAGGCUUCUUCUAACAAACAACUUGCUUUUGCUUCCUUUGUAUUCCAAUGGAUCAUUAUGGGCAUUGCAUUUUCAUUGCUGGUAGCUGGAACAUUGUCAAACGGGAAGGCAAGAAGAUCUUGUGGCAUAUCACACCAUCGUUUCUUGUCGAUAGGAGGAAUAUUGUGCUUUAUCCAUGGACUUUUCUCAGUUUCCUACUACAUCUCUGCUACUGCCACCAUCCAGGAAGAUAAGAAGCUGAAUCAACAAGGAGGCCAUGCAUGAACACAAAAAAAUUUACUCUCUUCCAAUAGAUGCAGCCUUCCUAACAGAAUUAGAUUAACUCAGUGCUCUAUACGAGAGAAAUGAAAGCAGAAUAUGUAUGGAGAACUCAUCAUAACUGAGUCCCAUA